ACUCUACCACCACCGAGCCUGCCUAUCAAACACUCCACCAACAACGGUCAACUCGAUCCUCACCAGCAACAAUUGUUUCUCUAAUUAAAGAGUUCUUUUCCCCAACAAUUAUCAGCAAACACUCCUAAACUGGCACCCCGCUGGGUGAACCCACUUGAAAUAACACCAAAAUGGUCAAGAAAAUGCUCGAGGAACCGAUUCGAAUUACCUCAGCGAGUCAAUGUCUCCAUGAGUUCGAUUUACUCAAGGAAGCCCUUUCAAUCGAGGAAACAGAAGACACAUGGCAAAAUAUCGAUGCUAGCCUUAAGCGUUUCACAGCCGCCAUUCGGGGUGGUGCGUGUGACCAUCCUGACGAGUUUCUUAGACGGUGGAAGGAAACCGAUAUCGUCCGAGGUCUGGUGAGCGCCAUGUCAACCGAGCGAACCCGGCUAAGUGGGUCGGCCCUCGACCUAGUUAGCGCGACUUCUCGACUAGGGAGCUAUUGGGAUAGCGCGGUUCCGUUCUAUGUACCGACAAUCAUCAAGCUACUUGGAAGAGCUUCCAAGAUCUACGUGACUCGCGCUACCAUCACCCUCACAUCGUUAAUCAAGGGGACCAAGUCACUCGGAUUCAUACCUUAUCUGCUUGAUGGCAUCUCAGAGAAAUCAGUCACAAUAAGGAUCGGUUGUGCCGACGCGCUUCUCUGUUGUCUAUCCGAGGCCGUGAAUGAUAAUGAGGAAUCGCGAAAACCAAGAUCUACAAUUAAAGAUGGACUGAACAAGCGCUUAAACGAAAUAGAAAACGCGAUCAAGAUCGGUGGCAGAGAUCGAGAUCCCAAAGUCAGGGCAAUUUUCAAGCGAAUAUGGGAGCUAUAUGAGCAGCAAUGGCCAAGUCGUGCCGCGAGCUUGGCCCAGCCGUUGACACCAACUAUCAAGCGGUAUUUGGGCAUUGGAAAUGGUUCAACUCUCAACUCAUCACAUGCAUCUCAUGCAUCCCAAGCUUCAAGUAGCAGUCUAGCUAAUCGAGAAAUGAAUCACAAUCGCGACAGGCCUCCGCUGAGUGGACAUCACCGUACCGGUUCAAAGAAUGUUACGGAGACCUCCUUACAUUCUGCCGCCAAGACCGUCAAUGCACACACUUCCAAAUCCAUCAAGUCACAAAAUUCUAACUCAAAAUUCACAAAAUCCGGUGAUAUGGCCACUCUUCAAAAAGCCAUGAUGGUUCCGCUACCACCCGAUGAGCCAGAGCAUCGCGAGCCAUCUGUUGCUCGUGGGCCAGGACGCGCAAAGAUUAUGUCUACUCGCACCAAGUCCCCGCCAGAAGGUUCGAUUCACCAAGCCCAACCGUCGGGGCUAGCGACGAAGCGAUCCAAUUCGACGAUGAGAGCCCAGCGUGUCCCCUUGCCCCCUCAAGUUGACCUACCUGCCAGUAAUCCGAUCGGAAAACCGCGGACGGCGACUCGAGUGCCGCUUCAACCCAUCCAAUCCAUCGGCACUCAGCCAGCCAAAGAUAUCGCCACCAAGCCCCCUCAAACAUCCACUUCAGUCUCCCACCAUCAAUCGUCGUCUAAGACAGUCGCGUCUAACGCCACAAAUGAAGCUGCAAAGGCUGGCUUCAAACCCAGCCGGUCAACCUCUAGCACUGCUCAAGCUGAUUCCAAACCUUCACAUCAACCGCAGCCACCGCUACCUCCAUUGCAGACCAGGCCUUUACCAAGGCGCGCGGCACAAGAACCUGCCAGUGAUAAACCCGUGUCCGUACCUUUAGUGAGCAACACGCUCAACGUAUCUGUCCGUUCUCACGCGCGGAAGAAUCAACCUGAAGAGCCGGCACCGAUCAUCAAGCAAACAAUCAAGGCUUUCAAGCCCAGUAAGUCUUCCUCAAAAGGUUCCUCAAAUGCAACCACUUCUUCAAAGACAUCAUCAUCAAAACUUGAUAUCCAUCCGAAAUCAGGUCUUCCUACGCCCUCCGUCUCAGACAAGAUUUCUACACAACUCUCAAAAGUGUCCAUGACAGUGGAUGAACUACCAGAAGUGCUUCGUCUACCUGCCUCGACCCCUUUACCCACUUCUCCUACACCCCCACUAGUACCUGCAUCAUCUUCAAUGUCUUCUUCAAUUGCCGACCCACAAUCUGUAUCACAGCCCGAGCCUAUAUUACCCGUGGGGCCUCUGCCGCCUUCAGCAACCCCACUGCCCUCCGAAGCUCCACCAUCCUCAGAACCUCUCCCGCCACCGGUGACUACAUUACCUUCAGAAUCUCGACCACCCCCAGAACCUCUAUCAGUCAAAGAAAUUGCAAUGCCAUCAGUAACCCUAGCACCCACCAAAAUUGUACAUCUUGGCUCUUCGUUACCUGCAGAGACAACGUCUUUCAAAGCUGGCCCUUCUGACCCCGUUGCAGUCGCACAGCACACUGUAUUACACCAAUCCCUUCUCAGCAAACCUACUCAAAGGGCGCCUCAAUCAGCAAACGUCACCGCGAAGCCUUACCCGUAUUUCCUAUCUUCCUUUGGCACUCCUGGCCCCAAGAUUUGCACACGGAUGCCUGAUGAUUUGAUUGUUCCGAUGAGCGUCCCUUUGCCACCUUCACCUAACUCGCCUUAUGUUUCACUAAAUAAUCGGGCCAGAGUAGCGCAGGACAUGGAUUCUAAAGGCCCUAUGAGAAAAUCUACCAAAGCUCAGCGAACCCCGCGCUCACGCGCUACCCCUACUAGCUCCCGCCUAAACCCCACUGCGAUCGGGAAGAAUGGAAAAAUUGAACCCAGCAACGAAGUCGGGGGUAUAUCUACACCGACACGGCUUGCACAGGGACAGUCUCUCGGCGAUGAUGGCGUCGGAGGGUCUCAGCAACCUGUCGUUCAAGAAGGGAUUUUGGUAGAUUUUGAUCACGAAGACACGAUAUGGAUUCCACGCCCACCUGCGUUGCACCAAGAUAUCCUCCAGCUGGAUGAUAACCUUUGCGUACCACCGAACAUCAAUGAAGAGAGUGACGGCGAAGAUGGGCCGCAAGAGAAGCGCCAGCGAAUCGAGGCGGACAACUCCGCUUCAUCCAAUGAAUCUACGUUGUCGAUCACCCAGGGAGCAGUCGAGCCUCUUUGUGUCCCUCCCGAAUUGUCUCGACCGCGGCGAGAUCCUUCCAUGUUUCAUUGGGACCAGCCCGACUUGGAUACCGAUGGCGACGACUCGGGAGACAAAACGAUCUCCUGUCUCAAGGAAGAGCCCCCUUUCUUCCCCGAGGACGUGACCGUUAACGAAGGAAUCUCGUUUCAUACCAACUUCCUCGGGGGGAUUCAUGCUCAGAAUCAAAGUACACCUGCUUCCGGUGGUGUCGGGGAGGCCGGGCUCCGUCGGUUUGAUCUCUCAAAUCAAUCCCCAUAAGCGUCCUGAAUGAGUCAAGCCAGUUUUUUGUCUCCAUCCUUCGAUACUCUAGUCAGCUACCUUUGCUUUUAGGAUGCUCGUUUUUAAUUUAUAUCAUCAAUCAUAAUAUAUUGUCUACUAGCUAUUUUUAAUUCCUAAUACUGCAAUGUAAUCUUGUCGUUGUCUGAUCUACGGGUGUACACUUUGAAAUCAC